CAAGCCAAACGCCUCCUACUUAAUCCGCGCACUCGACCCCUUUACCGCCGCCGCCUCUCCCGAUACCCUCGCCGUCUCUCUCCCACGAAGCGCAGCUCGUCCGUCGAGAUGGCCACCGAGGCGGCGAAGGUGCCGGUGCCGGAGUCGGUGAAGAUGAAGAGGAAGAGGGAAGAGGUCUGGGCCACGGAGAAGAGGCAGAAGGUCGCCGACGAGAAGAAGAAGGACGCCGAGAACACCAAGGUCAUCUACGCCCGCGCCCAGCAGUACGCCGGGGAGUAUGAGGCCCAGGACAAAGAGCUGGUGCAACUUAAGCGUGAGGCCCGGAUGAAGGGUGGGUUCUAUGUCAGUCCUGAGGCAAAGCUGCUGUUUGUUGUCCGUAUCCGUGGUAUCAAUGCUAUGCACCCAAAGACCAAGAAGAUCUUGCAGCUUUUGCGUUUGAGGCAGAUAUUUAAUGGUGUGUUCCUUAAGGUCAACAAGGCCACCAUUAACAUGCUGCGUCGGGUUGAGCCAUAUGUUGCUUACGGGUACCCUAACCUCAAGAGUGUCAGGGAGCUGAUCUACAAGAGAGGUUAUGGAAAGCUCAACAAGCAAAGGAUCCCUUUGACCAACAACAAAGUUAUCGAUGAGGGUUUGGGGAAGCACAACAUCAUCUGCAUCGAGGACCUUGUGCACGAGAUCUUGACCGUUGGCCCACACUUCAAGGAGGCGAACAACUUCCUGUGGCCAUUCAAGCUGAAGGCACCGCUCGGUGGCCUGAAGAAGAAGAGGAACCACUACGUCGAGGGUGGUGACGCUGGUAACCGUGAGAACUACAUCAACCAGCUCGUUAGAAGGAUGAACUAGGUUGAAUGAGCUCCUUGAUAAUACCCUGUGUUGGAAGGAUAAACUUGUUUCACAUUAGGAAGCGGAUGAUGAACAUGCAUGCGUUUUUUGUAUUCAGAACUAGACAUGUUUGGAUGAAAUCUCACAUUUCCUCUAGAGGUUUUGAGUCAUUAUUAAUGCUUUUA